AUGUCCUCCCGACCACAGUCACGCGCAGCGUUCCAAAUCGCCAUCGCCUGCGCCCUGAGGCUGGAGUAUGACGCGGCGACCCUCCUCUUCGACGCCUUCCACGACGAGGAUGGCGACCCCUACGGCCGCGCGCCCGGCGACUACAACCGCUACACGACCGGCCGCAUCGGGAGCCUGGACGUGGUCCUCGCGCUGGCCUCGGGUAUGGGCGGGCGCGCCAUGGCGGACCUGGCCGCCGGCCUGCGCGCCAGCUAUACGGGCCUGCACCUGGUCGUACUGACGGGCAUUUGCGCCGGGAUCCCCGCCGACGGCAGGGAAAUGCUGCUCGGCGACGUCGUGAUCAGCAGGACGCUGGUGCAGUACGACUUUGGCCGGCGGCGGCCGUUCGAGUUCGAAACCAAGGAGUCCAUCGCCCACGGCCCGCACGCUUCCAUCCGCGCCAUGGUCGAAGCCUAUACGACAGACCACGAGAGGGAUAAGCUGCUCAACCGCGCGCUCGUGCUCCUGACCGAACUGCAGGCCAAAGGCGCCAAACGGCGCCGGCCGGUCGAUUACUCGCGUCCGCCGGCGGCCACCGACGUGCUCUUCGACGCGGCGUACCUGCACCGGCACGCGGCGGGCUGCGACGGUUGUUCAGAGACUCAGAUAUGCAACGUGGCGGCGGCGGCAUCGUGCGAGGAGCUCGGCUGCGACAGCACGCGAGCAAUCGUACGCCCACGCCUGGCCGCCCCGGACGUUGACAUGUUUGUCGGGCGGAUCGGCUGCGGCGACAAGGUGAUGCGGUCCGGCAAACACAGGGACCGCUUGGCGGCGGAUUACGGGGUCAUUGCGCUGGAGAUGGAGGGCGUGGGGGCGUGGGACAGCCUGCCGUGCGUGGUGGUCAAGAGCGUGUGCGACUACGCCGACAGCCACAAGAACAAACGCUGGCAGCUGUAUGCGGCUGCCACGGCGGCGGCGACCACCAAAGCGAUGCUGGCGGGGUGGGUGCGUGUCGACAGUGUAAUUAUUGGGGAUGCCGGGAAGGGUCACAAUGGGGUUGACGGUAAAAGUGAGGGUGAGGUGCAUAAUCGAGGUGCUGGAAGUGUGAGCGUCGGGUCGAUUACCGCGAGAAAUGUGCUCAACGGUGGGACGUACAGCGGUGAUAAUCAGACUUUUACAUUUAACUAGCUAGCCUUUUACGGAAUUUAAAGGGAUAAAUCAUGUAGAAUAAAUAUUUGAGACGUGAAAUAAACGACAUGACCGUGGAG